UUCAGCUGUUCCUGUCUGCGCUGUGCUAGUAAGCUAGUAUCAACAUCCGGUCGUGACGUAGAAGCCUGUGGUGGCGCGGCACGCGGGUGCUCCACGAGGUGUCAGCAGAGCGGAGGGAAGCCUUCAUGGGAUUUGAUGCCAUGAUUGACAGCUGUAUGAGCCAGUCAGUGUGCUCGCAUUCAGUGGCACUGCUCGCAAUUGGUCGGAUGGGUGUUUGUGCAGGAGCCCCGCCACUGCAGAGAUCGCUACUGCGCAGGCUCUGGCUCCGAAUGAUGUCACCUGCGCAAGAUGGCAGCAGCUGUAGCGGGGUACAGUGCAGCCUACUUUUACUCUCAGUCAUUCUCUCUCUGAGGCUGAGGGGGAAAGAGAGGAGGGCAUUACACAAACCCUCAGUGUGGAAGGCACUCCGUAUCUCAGCACAUCAUGACUGGAUCUGUGCUCCUGAUCCUGGCAGCCCUUGUGGGAGCCUGCGCUCAGUUUACAGAUGCUGCCAGCACUAAUAUACAGAACAAUGAACCAUCAACAGAGGAGACAGAAAGUUACAUGCCGUUCCUCUGCUCACCACCGCCUGCCCCCUUAUCCCCAUCUUCAUCAGUUCACACUCUAAGACCUGUUGAUAUCUCAGCUGUUUACAUGUUGGGGAUUCCACUCUCACACAGGGAUGAAGCCUCCAGAGUGGUCAAUAGAGUAGCUGAGUUGCUGUCCAUGUUUAACCCUGAGGUGAUCACUCAACAUGUGGAUCAGCACUCAUUGCAGCGCAGAAGCUUGUUGGAAGAAGCUGAGGAGUUGUCUCUGUCCCUGUCACAUCAGGAGACAAACUGGAAGUUUGUGCUGCUGUUUGUUCCUGCAGAUUCACUGUGUGCCUGUUCACCACGUGUUGCUGCAGAUGUUAAAGCUACUGUACAGGAAGUGGAAGCAGCUCUGCAGUUGUUGCAGAAAAGGUUGCAUCGGACCUUAGUUCACGUCGUAGUCUGGAGCACAAAUCAGCAGCGGGAUGAGUGUGAGUGUUUGAGAGAUGGAAGUAUAAACUGGAGGCUGCAGAAAGGAACUCUUCUGAAAACACUGCAGGACUCGCUAAGUGAAGUCUUAGACAACCCAAAGUGGCACAGCGAACGGGCAGACUUCACUGCUGUGCUGCAGUCUGCACCAGUCAUCCUUGAAGGCAUCUCAGAUUCUGAGAACACCGGCUCUGACCUGAACCAGCUAGCUGUUCAGCUGUGGACAAACCUGCUCCAGCCAUCGACGGGUGAGGCAGAGGUCAUGGACACCAGCGUCAUUACUAUUCCUUGCCCUGCCCAGGAACGACCUUUCCUGCGAACGCAGAAAAAUACCCCCAGUGACAGAGAGAGCAAAGUUUACAGCAAAGCCUCCACACUAACAGAUCCUGUUAUGGGUACUGAGAUACUUUGCACAGACCGCAGUCCAUCUUCCACUACACCCACUUCAGUUCAUGAGCUCAGACCUGGAGAUAUCAAGGUGGUGGCAGCAGUAGGUGACUCUCUGACAGCAGCCAACGGUGUGGGCGCAAAGACAGACAACCUUCUGUUAGUGGCAAAUGAGUACAGAGGACUGUCAUGGAGCAUUGGUGGUGAUGGAAACAUUACCACGGUGACCACUCUGCCAAACAUCCUGAAGGAGUUUAACUCCAAUGUGACCGGCUUCUCAACGGGAGUAGGUAACCAGAACUCUGCUAAAGCCUUCCUCAAUCAGGCUGUGGCCGGAGCCAAGACUGGUGAUAUGGUGCGACAGGUGCGCGUCCUAGUGAACAAAAUGAAAACUGAUCCGCGCAUCGAUUUCCACAGCGACUGGAAAGUCAUCACCAUGUUUAUUGGUGGCAAUGACAUAUGUGACUUCUGCACAGACAGCGCUGUUUUCUCACCCAGGAACGUGGUCGAGCGUAUCCGCCAAGCUCUGGACAUACUCCAUAGUGAAGUGCCUCGUGCCAUCGUCAAUCUGGUCGAGCUGUUAAACAUUGUACCGUUACGUGAUCUGCAUAAAGAUAAAAGUCUGGGCUGUCCCACCUGGUUUGUAAGUUUAGUUUGCCCCUGCAUACUGAAGCCUAAAGAUGGGUCUGCUGAAAUCCAGAAGGUCAAUGACUUCAACAGAGCCUAUCAGCGUGGCAUGAGAGCGCUGAUUGACUCUGGGCGGUAUGACACUCACCACAACUUCACUGUGGUGCUGCAGCCCUUCUUUAGGGAGGUUAUCCUCCCCACAUUGGAGGACGGCCGGCCUGAUCGCUCGUACUUCUCACCCGACUGUUUUCACCUCAGUCAGAGAGCUCACACUCUCAUGGCUCAGGCUCUUUGGAACAACAUGUUGGAGCCCGUGGGCAACAAGACUUUCACACAAAACUUCUCCAACGGCAUUGAUCUGAAGUGUCCUACUGAGGACAACCCAUUUUUCAGGACUGCUGUCAACAGCAACUACACCUUUCCAGGCCCUCCCCCAACUCCUGCUCCUGUAACAAAUUGGGGCAGUGACUUUUCCUGCAGUAACACAGCUCCAUCCAACUCUGUGCCCACUUCAGCUCACAGGUUGCGACCAGCGGACAUCAAAGUGGUGGCUGCUGUGGGAGACUCUUUAACAGCCGGCUUUGGUGCUAAGGCAAAGAAUCUCCUGCAGCUAAGAACUGAGUACAGAGGGGUGGCAUGGAGCAUCGGAGGAGACAAAAAUCUUGAGACUGUCACAACUAUGCCCAACAUCCUUAAGAAGUUCAAUCCUCAAAUCAAAGGGUGGUCAAAGGGACAAGGGAAGUGGCAGACUGGAUUCAACAUGGCUGUGUCAGGAGCUAAAAUAGCGGGAAUACCUGGGCAGAUCCGACGCCUGAUUGAUACCAUAAGGAAUGACUCUAAGGUGGAUUUCGAGAAUGACUGGAAGCUGGUGACCCUCUUCAUUGGAGGCAACGACCUGUGUCAGUACUGCAAUGACCGGGUCACUCUGUCACCUCAGAACUACAGCCAUCAUAUGAUGACAAGCUUGGAUAUGCUUUAUAAAGAGGUUCCCAGGACAUUUGUCAACAUCUUGGAGAUCCUAGAAAUCGAAGGCCUUCGCAGGAUCAAAAGGGAUAGUCUCGGGUGCAAUGUGUUACAAAAGUUUGUCUGCCCGUGCAUGUUGUUGCCAGGAGAGGAUUCCCCAGAGCUGGCUGAAGUGAAACGGAUCAAUCGGGAACACCAGAUUGAGACAGAAAAACUGGCGUAUGGAGGCCGCUAUGAUGGAAGAGAGGACUUUGCUGUGGUCGUGCAGCCUUUUUUUCAGAACACCGUAGUCCCUUUGAAUGUUGACGGCAAACCUGACGACACCUACUUCUCUGAGGACUGUUUCCACUUCAGUGAACGGGGACAUGCUGACAUGGCUGCAGCUCUGUGGAAAAACAUGCUGGAGCCAGUGGGUAAAAAACAGACGUACAACAAUUUCACAAAUGCCAGAAAUAACAUCAAGUGCCCCACUGAGGAGCAUCCUUACAUCUUCACAAAGGUGAACAGCCUCCCCAGUACGACUAUCACCACCACAGCACCCACAACCCACAGCACAGCUUCAACUCAGCGCUCCACAGCACCUCCAACCCACAGCACAGCUUCAACUCAGCGCUCCACAGCACCUACAACCCACAGCACAGCUUCAACUCAGCGCUCCACAGCACCCACGAUUCAAAGCACAGCCCUGCCUCUCACCCCUGACUGUACGAACUACGUCCCAGCAUGGCUCACUGCUGUGCUCGCUGUAAUAGGUCUCCUGACUGGCUUGGCUGUCACCUGGCUCCUCCUCUUCUGCAGAGCCAAGAGAAGAAAGCAGGAGCUGAUGGCGACAGUGGAGAUGAGGGCCAGUAAGUUUUAAAAUGCUACUUACUGUGUUUUUGCACCGGACUAUUCAAGGACCUCAACUGCAAAACAACUUUGCAAUAUCUAAAGUGAUUGUGGGGAUAAUAAGGCAGGUUUUUUAUAUAAAAAAGACACGACAAGACAGUUCUGCUUGCUUCAAUAGAGAAGUUAAUUAUUAUCCUUGAACCACAGAAAAUAUUACACCAGUCUUCAUCUAUAGAAAGCAAUAAAUAAGAUGAGAGGAUAACACUUCAGCCAAACAUCACUGAGGUGAAAGGUGUAUUUAAAUGCUGACUUAAUGAAGCAAUGCCGUCACCAACCAUGACAAAUCACAGCAGAUUCCAUGUGCAAAUGUAAAGACUGAAACUACUGACUGGACAUUAACUUAUUACUGCUGUUAUAUAUUUAAUUUAACUAACAGGGUCUAAGAAUGGAGGGUGUUGUAUGCUGUACAGACUGUAAAGUCCCUUGAGGCAAAUUUGUGAUUUGUGAAAUUGGGCUGUGAAAAUAAAAUUGACUUGUAUUUGGCAGUACUGUCACACUUCUAGCCCGACCUUUCCAGGGUGUACCCCGCCUCUCACCCAGCGCCCCCCCCCGUGAUGAAUGAAUGAAUGAAUGUCAGAGUUUUAAUCAGGAUUUUCAGAUUAAAGAUGUCGAGUACACUCUUGAUGAUGUAAUAAUGAUGAAGAUGUAAAUAUGAGUCGAACAUUGUAUGGUUGUUUUGUGCAUUUAUAAAUAAUUGUAAAGACAAUGUAAUUAAUUCUUUCUUAUUUUUUUAUUAUUUUAAUGCCUUUGAUUUUAUUUAAUUG